AUGGGCGCCGCCCCCGCCCGCCGCGACAUUCGCGCCCUGGUCGAUUGGCUUGCAGGCCUCAGUCCCGAUUUGCUAACGGACGACGUCCUGUCGGGCGGGGAGAUGGGCGCCGCCGCCCUGGGAGCGCCGCCCGCGCCGCAGGCGCCCGCGCCCCGGGAGCCCUGCGCGCACCCGGCUGCGCGGGGCUACUCGGGCGCAGGCGGCGCCUCCGCCGCGGUCCGCGUCGUCGUCGUCAGCGUCGACUUCCCGGGAGAGGUGUUCUGUGGCACGGUGCUCGGGGGCGGCGCCACCCCGGGCGUGCCCCUGGCGGCCUCGCCCGCGGGGGCCUACCAGCUGGCGAGGGGCUACUCCGGCGCUGGCGGCGCCGCGACGCCCGGCGCCGCAUCCCCGGCGCCGCCACGCGGCCUCUCGUCGGCGGGCGGCUUCUCCUCGCCGCUCGCGGGAGGCUCCAUGUCGCAGCUGCGGCAGCUGCCACCACGUCCUCAGCAUCAUCCGCCGCAGUUCAGGUUCUACUGA